UGUUAAUGCAUGUACUGAUCGUCUGUUUCAGCCAAUGAUGUCAACGAUAUCCACCCCGCCCGAUAGCCUGUCUCUUUAUCAUUAUUGCCUGCACCGCGCCUACACCACUUCGACCCAUCCACAAGUGAAAUCGACAUCAGUGCCAGACGGAUCACGAGAGAUACGCAAAAGAGAGAGGAAUAUACGAGAACAGUCAAGUGGAGCUAAAUUUCUUGGAGCAGAGAGACCAGCAGUCGCAGGGACAUGGCAGGCGUACAACCGGAAGCCUCCGCUAAACCAAACCAGGAUGACCUUGUACCCGGCGUUCCAGACGAGGAUCUGUGGCUGUUGAUACGACGGUUCAACAAGCAAAUAUAUGCCGUUCAAGCUACGUCCGAAUCUCGUUCGGAAGACCUCGAUGUCAAUCCCGUUCCAGAUGAACAGUUUCCGCCCGAGAAAGUGCGGAUCACACUAGAGAGAUUCUAUGUCUCUGUCAUAGUAGGGUUGACUACCUUCUAUGCUCACGUUGUUAGGCUGCGGUCGUGGAAUGAGCCCCGUCGUACCUCGGCCUUCUGUGCAACCUACUUCCUCGCGUGGCUUUGGGGAAGCCUCAUUCCUGUUAUAUCAUUCUUUCUUGCUACUCUGGUUCUAUUCCCCUCAGUGCGACCUCUGCUUUUCCCUUGUCCUGCUACCGCAGACAGCGGGUCUACAGAAACUGAGGCACGAGACACCACAGGUCCAUCCAGCAAGCAUAAGGGCGAGACCGCCGAGCAAGAGGCCAAUAGUCUCAUCAACAGCAUCGCCAAGAUCGCUAUCAAAGCAGCGGCGAGCAAACAUGGCCAGGAAUCUGAUGACAGUCUAGAAGAGACACUUGCAUCGGACUCGACCACAGAUAUCAACACCAUCCCUGAUGCUGCAGCGACAGGAGACGAGACCAAAAAGUCCAUGAGGAAGGCGGUUGCCAAUGCCACCAGCCAAGCAAUGCGUCUGAUCAGUGAUGGUACGGACAUCUAUGAAAUGUUCUCCAACGCCCUUUCCCCGACACCACCUUUCACCUCUGUGACGGCUCAGAUCCAGCUAGCAGGCGUCCUCAUGCUGAUCUGCCUAAUCACACGCUUCAUAUCGAAUGACUUCAUCGUCAAAGCCAACAGCUUCACGCUCGGCUUCGUCUUCUUUGGGGGUCCUAUCCUCCAAUUAUCGAUGGACUACCUGAGCGAGAAGAUUCCAGACUGGAAAAAGUUCCUCGACCCACGACAAACGCUCCUAAAGAACAUCCCCACCAACGCCCAGCUAACCCUCACCCUGCUCCGGCUCUGCGAAACCAAUCACACUCCGCUCCCCACCCCACCUUCCUCCCUACAGUCCCAAUCCAACAACGGAAUGCCAUCCUGGAUCACCUACAAGAACAAACUCAAAAUUACAGCCACCGCAGCCGCAGCAGCCAGCACGGCCAGCCUAACCACCACAACCACCGCGACCACAUCCACAACCACCCCUACCUCCGAACUCCCUAGCUCCAGACGCAAGAGAUUCCUCCCUCGACUCCUUCGCAUUAUCCGCACAACCAUCACCCUCGCAACAAAGGGCCAUUCCGUCUUCAACCAAGCCAUGGCCAUCGCCGGCGCCACCCACGGCACCAGACGCCUCCUCCUGACCAUGCACCGCCGCAACUGGGAAUGGGAGACCUCAGGGCCGGACACCUUCGACGCGAAAUUCGAGCGCAAGCGAGGCACAUUGGUCAUCGAUUAUGCUUCUGCUUCCACGCCGUCGCCAACACAAAACCUCCCACAAGCAAACGAUACCCCUACCCCACACGAAGGAAAAGAGAAAGAAGAGCAACCAAUCCCAACCCUCUACUUCAGCACCCUCCACUCCGCCACCCUCGAGGACCGCAGACUCGACCACCAAAAGAAGGGCACGGUGCUGUUCCAGAUCCCGAUCUCGAAGAUCCACGGGCUCCGGAAGACGGAAGGGCUCGGGUGGAAGGGGAAGUUGAUUGUCGAGUUGGCUGCGGGGAGCAAGGAGUCCGUGGACGGGUUGGUGAUUUCCGGGCCUGAAGAAGGGCAGACGUAUCAUGUUACUGGCAUGAGGGCCAGGGAUCAGUUGUUUAAUCGGCUGGUCGCGAUGGGAGGUCAGGCGUGGGAGAGGGUGUGAUCAUUGCCGUGGAUUUAUUAGUCUUUAGGUUAUUUUUAUUUAGGGGCUUUUGGAUAGGAUUUCUUUGUCUUAUUGGGUAUGUUUUUCUUGAUCUUUUCAAAGGGGCAAUAUCUUGAAAUCGAUAUCAUGUGGCGUUGUACAUAUGUAUGCGGUGGCCUAUCUUUUUGUGAUAUUAAGUGCCAUUUAGGAGAUGCCUGCAUGAAGGAAUCGUCCUUGGAUCAUAGAUAGAGGGCCGUCCUGAGCGUUAUGCCGCUAUAGCACACACACCAGACUGACCAAAGGAUAAAUGAACUGUCUAGUGAG